UCAGUGUGUCUCGGGCAUCGCUGUGGGUGUGUAACUAACACUGUCUCCAUUCCACAGAAUCAUCUACUCACAUUAAAACUGGCCAUGCCAGCCCAACACUGUAGCUAGUCAUCAUCAUCAUUCAUAUCGCCUACUUUGAACCACGGACUACUGGAAUAAUUCUGUUUGCUGGUCGUUUAUCGUCUGGUUUGACCUGCUUAUCCACUAAAGUCCUGAACAGGAUUUGCGGUCCGUCAAUGAGGAACUACAGGCUCAUCUUCUGCCACAACCUAAAGCAGCCAUAGAUGAACAAUUCGUUUACUACUAGUGAGUGGAGCAGGAGAUAAAGUGAACUUCUGGGCAUUUCUACAACAAGACGGACUGAAGCAGCUAGGCUGUGGAGGCGAUGAGGAAGAGCCUCAAUACUUCCCUCAGCGACUCCCUUGGCACGGCCAGAGUGUUCGGGAUCCCCCUGGAGGAGGUGCAGCACAGCGGGCAGCCAGGACAUGAGGUCCCCCUGCUGGUCAGGAGCAUCGUCGAGUACAUUGAAGAGCACGGAGGGCUGCACCUGGGUCUGUUUCUAGUGAACGGGAACGCAGAACGCGUGGAAUGGCUCAGGCAGCGCUACGACAGCGGCGUUGAAGUCAACCUGGAGAAGGAGGCCGACCUGGCAUCCGCCGUCAGCCUGCUACGCCUCUUCCUGCAGGAGCUCCCCGAGCCCGUCAUCCCUGCAGGCUUACAGGCGCAAAUAAUGCAGCUCUAUCAAGACUACAGCAGUGAGGAAGAGCUGGGCAGAAACAUGAAGUACUUCCUUCAACAGCUGCCGCAGGUCAAUUACAGCUUGCUCCGCUUCCUCUGCCGAUUUCUGUCCGGUGUGGCAUCUCUUCAGGAGGAGAGCUGGAGCAUAGGAGCUCUCACUGCCGUCUUCGGGCCAGACAUUUUCCAUUUAGACACAGAUGCGGAGGAUCUGAGAGAGCAGGAGUCGGUCAGCCGUAUUCUGGCAGAACUGCUGGAGAACCAGGAGGAGUUCUUCGACUCGGAGGACGACGACAUUUCCACCACCAAUGACUACAGCUCCAUUAAUGACCAGAUCACCGAGCUCCUGGAGGAAGAGAAGUUGGAGGCUUGUGAGGAGCUCCCACGGGACGGGGAGGACGGUCCCUCCUCCCUGUCCCCUAAUCAUGCCCAUGUCGCCCCCUCCUCCAGUUCACACAUUUCUUCCAUCAGCAUUCUUCCAGGAUCUGCCGCUAUAAUCAAGAGGAGCAUCUGUGCUGCAGUGGAGCAGCACUUGUUGGACUUACAGACGUCUAUUGAUAAGAAGCUCGGCAGCUAUGAGAGUCAAGUGUUGGACUCCCAGCCCUUUCAGGGAAAUAGCCCUACUCAGAAGACAGCAGGGCCUGAGGAGCGUGAAGAUGUGCAGUCUGAAUCUGAAGCAGAGACUGAGACUCUUCCGGAGGUUACCGAGGAGGGCCUGCCGUCAGAGAAUAGCGAGGAAUCUCAAGGCUCUCAGCUCAGCAGCCCUGUCACGGAAGAAAGUUCUGGGAUGGACCUCGACACGGAGACUCUCACAGACGCUGAGAAUCUCAGCACAGAAAGACUGGAGAAGUACCCAGACUAUGAGCAGAUGGACCAGGCUGAUGUUAUCACCCGUGAGCCCGGAGACUGUGACCUGAACGCUAAUAAUAAUGAGUCCACAGAGCCAGACAGCGGCCCUCAGUCUUUGACCAGAAGCAUUCUCUCAGACAGUGAACAAGAAGCAUCAUGCCCCAUCAGUUUCCCACCCAUUGACUUCACAUGUAUGCAUCUGCAGAGAGAAGGGAGCGACCCUGUGCCGGUGUUCUUGCCAUGGCAAGAGGAGACCGAGUCAGGGGAGGCCCAGCUGUCGCCGCUGGCGGGCCGCAUGAUACCCCUGCCGCUAGAAGACGAUACUCAGCCACUUCUGGCCCGACGCUUCCUGGACUUUGGCCACAGUCAGCGGUUCUUGCAGCAGGACCACGAUGCUACAUCCUCCACCAAAGCGUUGCCCUGUGGGAGGCCUCGCCGUGCUUCACUCACUUCCAAAGACACUCUGAAGGGAGACAACGUCUCCCACCAGCUCACCAAGAAACUCCAGAACCUCAAGAAGAAGAUCAAGCAGUUUGAGGAGCAGUUUGAAAAAGAGAAAAACUACAAGCCGUCUCACGCUGAAAAGGCAGCUGAUCCAAAGGUGCUGAAGUGGAUGACGGAUCUGACCAAAAUCCGCAAGCAGCUCAAAGGACGACAGCACCUCUUACCCAAAGGUUCCCUGAGGCACCAGGCCGUGCUUCAGUCAUACAGACGCCACUCGUCCUCUUCCUCCGUCCCGAACACACCCCAUUUUACACUGUCACGCCCCCUCAAUGCCUCUAGACAGGCGCCCCACUUCUAUGCCAAACACAAGGCUGAGAGUGAGGUGACUCCGCAGACGCGUCCACGCAGUAACACUCUGCCCAAGAGCUUUGGAUCCACACUGGAUCAGUCGGCUCACGAGGACCCGAUGGAGAGUGAGGCACAGGGUCACCAGCCCACAAGAGAAGAGACGCUGGAGCACAUUCAGCACUGCAUCCAAACCAAAAGAGCAGAGGACGGCUGGCCGGAGGACGUCAAAAAAAUGACCAAGGAGCAGCUUGCCAGUGAGAAAACAGUACUGCAGAAGAACCUUCUGUACUAUGAGGGACUUCAUGGACGCCCAGUGACCCGAGAGGAGCGCUUGAUUGUGAAACCCUUGUAUGACAGAUAUCGGCUGGUCAAGCAGAUGCUCACCCGUGUCAGCAUCACCCCUAUCAUAGCUUCUCCCUCCAGCAAACGACGCAGUCAGAUGCUGCAACCCAUCAUCGAGGGCGAAACUGCCCACUUCUGUGGUGAGAUCGAAGAAGAGGAGGAGGAGGAGGGCAGGGGCCAGCAGGAAAACGUAGAGAUGCAGACUAGCGAGGGCUCAGAAAUCAUCAUGGACCCAGUAGCCCAGCCCACUCAGGAGAACAUCCUCAGCUCUGGGAAGCUCAAUCUCGAUCUGCGUCUGUCCAGUUCCAACGCCGCCUCAAUGCCCGAGCUCCUGGAGCAGCUGUGGAAGGCCAGAGCAGAGAAGAAGAAACUGAGGAGGACCAUCAGAGAGUUUGAAGAUGAGUUCUACCAACAGAAUGGCAGGAAUGCUCAGAAGGAAGACCGCGUGCCUAUGAUGGACGAAUACAAGGAGUACAAGCGCAUUAAAGCCAAACUGCGGCUUCUGGAGGUCCUCAUCAGCAAGCAGGAUUCAUCCAAGUCCAUCUAAAUCGUCCUGUUUGCAUCAGACAUUGCCUGCGCCAUCAACGUCCCCCGCCGUCCCUCCUGGAGAAGAAAAAGAAACGCACGUACUCCCAUCAUCGAAAAAAAUCACCUACAGGAAGAACGAAGUUUCCUCGAGUUUGAUAUUCAGACUUUUGUCUUUCUUUUCCACGUUGACAAGCUUUCUCAUACUGAGAAUCAUGCUGCGUUGAGUAUCGCAUCAGUUCUACAUAUGUGUGUGUGUGUGUGUAUAUAUAUAUAUGGACAUCAAGCACUGAACUCUUCCUCAGACCACACGGAUGGUCAUCAUAUUUCAACACCCACAUCAUACUCCUCCUCUCACUAAUUCAAAGGGGGCUGUGGGUUCUGAGUAUGUAUACUUGUACAGAUCUAUACUAUUCUGUAUGUAGGCUGAAAUAUUUCAAUGUUGUUCUCGAUUGAGACGCAUCAGUGAAUUAUCGAGUGCGAUUUUUCAGUUACAAAUCAGAGGACUCUUGUAUCAAGCUGGUGCUCUUUUUGUGUUUUGUAAUGAGUCUUGGAUCAUCUGAUCGGACUGACAAAAGCUACUCCAGCUGGACUGUCACAAACUCUUCCUGGUUCAUAUGUAAAUAUCAUCGGUAAUAUGCAUCUGACUAACGGACGAUGUAACGAAAGUGAAGAUGUAUGCCAAACUGACAUGUUAGAUCGCAGUGGUACACAGUAGAUCGUUUCUGAUGCAUAGAUGGAGUUUGUUUGUUGUUGUUUUUUUAUGUAUGUAAAUGUGUCCUUAUUGGUUUUUCUCACCUCUAGACUCUUGGUUUGCCAGCGUGCACACAUUCAACAUUCAACUUCGGUCUGAAAGCAUCCGCUCAUGACCAAUAAUGCUAUUAGUUGGAAGAACCUGAUAUUUAGAUGAACAUGCUGUGACGUACAUGCUGUCAUAAUCAUGUGUCAGGAUGAGGUUUCCUGCACUAUCAAUAUCAUCUGAUCUGCCAUGGUCACUUUUCAGCUGCCAGCUCAUAUCGUAACAGAAUCAGCUUUAACCUGCUGAUAAUACGACUGAUAAUAAAGUCUUAUCGAAGAGGUAGUGAAGACAGGAUGUGAGGAUGGAGAGGUCAGAUGAGAGGAACUACUGGUCAUGUUUUUGAUAUUGUCAAAUGCACAGAAGGGAUGUGUUCGUGACCGAUGAAGGAGGUGAUGGAGAUUAUUUGCACAGCAUUCUGGGAAUGCGGUAUGUUUCGUUUGUUCCAGUUGUUUCUCGUUUAUUCAAACACUACUUGCACGCGACGGCUGCGAGUGCGGGUUGUAAUCGGACGUGUUCUGGCCCAUCUAUCACUGUGUGGUGUCGUCCUUUUUUAUGACCAUUAUUUUGUACUCUGGUUUUUUAUCGUCUCACUUUCCGCAGUUCAUCUUAACGGCGUGAUUUCCUCUGUGUUAGUGAAGCCCCUGCUUCAUCCUGUUUUGUAUAAGCUUGUCAGUAGUAGGUUUGCAUGGCAGAAAUUUGUAUUUCUAUUUUUGUGCCAUGAAAAUGAAGCAAUAAAUUAGCAUCGGGGCCUGUAUCAGUGGAAUGAGAGCCCCCUGUAUCCAGUAAGUGUAUUUUCAUUAAACAGCUUGUGAGUAUUAUUA